AUGAACAACAAACAAUUCGAUGAAAAUUCUAUCAAAUUGAUGGGUGAGGAUUUCCUGAAGGAAAAUGUUUCACCAAAGGCUAAAUUACUGUUCAUCACAGCUGUCGGAUCAACACUCUACAAUUUAAAGAAUGAAAAUAAGAGUGAUUUUGAUUUUGUCAUGAUUUACAUGUUACCGUGUGAGCAAUUCCUAUCAAUGCCUUCUUUUUCUAUUGAUGAACCAAAAUUAUCAUAUGUUGAUAUUAGUAGCAUUGGAAGUGCCAAGGCAAAGGUGUUGAAUUUGGCUGAUAAGGGAAUUUGUACCGUAACAAAGGAUGGAAAUGAUAUUUCAUGUUUUGAAAUUGGAAAAUAUUUGGAAUUGUGUCUACAUGGAAAUCCUUUCGUAUUUCAAACAUUAUUCGUUCCAGAUUUCUUCCCAUAUAAAUAUCAAUCAAGAGAAUGGGAACCUUUGAAAAAGUUAAACAUUCAAUUCUUAAAUAAGAAGGUUAUUUCAUCUCAUUGUGCAUUUGCUAAAAGACAAUUACAACAAGGAGAGGGUAAAAUCAAACGAGGUUACCAAAAGAAUUACUACCACUCACUAAGAUUGUGUUACGAAACUGAGAGAUUAAUUCAAGGAAAACCCCCACGUAUCUGGUUUGAAAAUGGCUCUGAGGAAAGAGAUCAAUUAAUGAAGGUGAGAAAUCAUCUUCCCUCUGAAGAGAAACGAAGUGAAUACCAUCAACUGAUCAUGAACAAGCUCAGCUCAAUAGAAAAGUCCAAACCUUGGAUUCAACUCAAAGAUCUUCACGAAAUCAAAAUGGAAAACUCUGACGAAUAUUUUGUCUAUCAUCUCAAUAAGUUUUCAAUUUUAAAUUUGAUGAGCGCUAUAGAAGACCCUACACAACAAUUUACCAGCAGAAGGGAUUUUCUGGUAAAGUGGACAGGAAAGCAAGAGAAAUUGUGUAAACAAUUACUGUCAUCACAAACGAUCCAAGAGAAUGUAUUAUCUCAACUCUUGGAAAUGUUUCAAGAAGAUCCAAGAUUUGAUUUCGGAGGUUUAACAAUUGAUAACAAUGUGGGAGUUAUUGGAUUGGAAGAAACACACAACAUUACAAAGAAGAGACUCCAAGCAUCACAGCUAUUCCUGGAUGUGUGGAAGUAUUUGAUUAUUAGAAUAGAUAUGAUCAGCAUUAAUUAUAGAUUACCUUGCUACAAGUUAAUUUUAUUGUUGAUCAAGAGAAGAGAAUUUCACCCAAAGUAUUUCCAAAACCUAAUUUUGAAUCAAAUAACAAAGGAGGUCUCUCCAUCACACACUGGUGCCGAUCUCUCAUCAUCUACAGAAACAGAUCUAUCAUUCUUGAAAAUUAGUCCAACAUUUAAUCCUAACAACCAACCACAAAAGAAAGGUUUCCUAAGCUCUUUACUAGGAUCUAUGAAGAAAUCCGACGGUAAUGAUGAACUAUCAAAGAAGGUCCUAUUGGAAUACAAGGAAUUACUGGUGAGAACUCAAGAUUUCGUCAUCAACCAAGUACUAAAGACGAAGAAGCAUGAAAAUAUCGUUGUUGAAUUGAUGAGAUUUUGUGCUUCUGUUCUGGCCGUAAACUGUUUCCGAUUAUUAUCGGUCGAUCAAAUUGAGAUGUUUGUUGCUAGCCUUUGUUUGAAACAAUUUGAUUCCGAUUUUGUGGAACCUGAAACUGUUGAUAUUGUGAACACUAACUUGGACAUUAAGAAAAAGUCUUUUAAAAACUUAAAGUAUGUCCCUUCAAUGACCAGUCUCUCGACCCUUCUAGGACAAUAUGACUCAGAUGAAGAAGAAAAGACAAAAGAAGAGCCAGCUGAGGAUGAGGAAAAAUUAUUCGUACUCAAGACAGCUCUGUGCUACUUUAAAUUCUUCUUUGAAAUUGAUCCACUCAAUGAUCCAAAUACCAAGUCUAUUCUAAUCAAGAUGAGUGAAUGGAUGAAGAAUGCAUCUGUGUGGGUACCAACAUCAAAGGUUUCAGCCGACUUUUUCAAUUAUUUCUUCUCAGAAUUUGUGGAUCAAAUCAGUAAGAUUAUGAAACAUGAUACAUCAAACAAACAUUGGCAACUAGUGCCCGGAUAUACUACUCUUGUAACUCAUUUUACUCAAUUGGGUGAAAUUUAUUUGAAACAACAUAUCAAUAUUAACUUUAGCGAUGCUAUUGUUUCAUCAACUGAUACAACUAACAAACAAGAACAAAAAAUUCAAAGAUUAGAAGAAUCAGCAAGAGGUGAGGAUGGCCACGAAUCCAUCGCAUUUAAGCAAUGGUUGUCAUGCUCCCUGAUUGCUCUUCGUAACCCUAGAGUGAUUAACAUUUUGAUGGAAAUUUUCUUCUCAAACACUAACGGAUAUAACCCCGAUCAAGUUUUCUACACUCUAGAUUGGACGGACAAGUGGUUCGAAGAAGUGAGACACUUGGAACACCAAUUCCAACAAUAUUUACUGUACAGAAAUCAAAAACAUCAACAUACCUAUUUCUACUUGGAAUCUAAUGACUCUAAUAUUGAACUAUUUAUUGGUUCACUACCUGAGAACUUCAAUUUCGAGUUCUUUGAAACAGCAAUUUCGAGACUUCUUGAAACAGACCAUUUCCAAAUUGUUUCGAGAACUUUAAUUUUCGUGUAUAAUAUUCUGGACUUGUUCAACGGAAGGGCAAGAAUGAAAUUUAUUGGGCAUGACUUGUUGAGAGAUAGAUUCUAUCACUUGUUCCUUCAUUGGAGUGCAGACAUUAGAAGCAUCUUCCAAAGAAUUAUUCUUUUCAAAUUGCAAAGAUACUCUUCGUCAGUAUUUUCAGAAUUUGCACCACUCUCUGCCAUUCCUCAAGACAAACCUAAGAAGGAUAAACCAAGUUCUCCAAUAGUUGGAAGAGACAGAUCUAACAGUAACUCACUUACGCCACCAGCCUAUGAAAAGAAGAGAACAAUAGUUUCAGUUGAAGAUACAGGCAUACGUCGUAGUUUGGAUAUGGAACCAAGAAGAACUUCAAUAUCUGGAACUCGUCCAAGUAUUGAGUCUAUUGUUUCCUACAGCUCUGUAUCAAAGAUUAGAUCAUCCUCAAUAUUGAAAAAGAAGAAGAAGGAAGCACAAGCUGAAGAGGCCGUUGAUAGUGAAUUCCAAAGAGUUGAAGAAUCAAUUGAUUUAGUUUUGAAGAGCAAGGUUGAAACAUUUAUUCAAACACUUAAAUCAGUUCAGGCAGAUUCCAAAUCAUUUAAUGAUCUCGUACGCGACAAUCCAUCCCUCGACAUUCCAAAAGAUUUAAUUAUCUAUGUCUCAAUAGCUUUAGAAGAAUUUGAAGGAUUACAAAAAGAAGCAGACAACUGGAAAAAGGAAGUUGCCUCACUACUCCUUGCCAAUAAGAAGGCCUCCAAAGUCAAACUCUCUCAAACACCUUAUCCUAGAAUUAACUUCCCUCGUUUCACAUUGCAAUCCGACAAACUGUAAUUUCAUUAAUAAAUCACACUGUACAAUUAUUUCCC